AAAUAUCUUUUACUAAUCUAUCAUCUCUUUUCCACUGUCUGAAAAAAAAGGUCUGAUUGAAAAUGCAGUUUGCCUUUGAUUAAGGGCAUCCCUUCCAAGGCAAGAAAAAUAUAAAAACAAAAUCAACUCAAAAAGAAAAGCUAAUUACCAGUAUAAAAAAGAAAAUUUCUCUCUCUCUCUCUCUGAUGAUUGUGUUCUUCUUCUACACUCAUUAUCUCUGUCUCUUUUACCAGAUCUAACCUCUCUCUACUCUAACUCUUACUAUUCUUUUUCUCAAUUUUUCUAUGCGCGCACUCAGCUUCUUCUCCAUGCAUUCCUUCCUCACCUCUCUUUCCCUCCCUCUGUUUCUUUUGCUGAGCAGCAUUUUUCUAAGUUAAGUUAAAAGAGGAUUGAGUUGAGUUAAUUCAAAAAUGGCGACGAAACAACAAGGAUCCAAAUGGAAGAAAACAAGUCUAAGCAAUUUCUCGAAAGGUGUAAUGAAUUCGCCAUCAUCUUCAACAACAUCAUCGUCGAAGCAAUUUAUAGAAACGUCGAUAGACGGUCAAAGCUCACCUGCAUCAUCCUCUGCUCGUAGCAAACCUCAGUACUUUUACUCUGAAAACGUUUCUUUAGAUGCGGAGAGAUCCAAAGAAAACGUUACCGUUACAGUUCGCUUUCGUCCGUUAAGUCCAAGGGAAAUUCGACAAGGAGAAGAGAUUGCUUGGUAUGCUGAUGGAGAAACUAUUGUCAGAAAUGAACAUAAUCCCUCUAUUGCAUAUGCUUAUGAUCGGGUGUUUGGCCCUACAACUACAACGCGCCAUGUUUAUGAUGUUGCUGCCCAGCAUGUUGUCGGUGGUGCUAUGGAAGGCGUCAAUGGAACCAUUUUUGCAUAUGGUGUAACAAGCAGUGGGAAGACUCACACAAUGCAUGGUGAUCAGAGGUCCCCUGGAAUUAUACCAUUGGCAGUAAAGGAUGCUUUUAGUAUUAUUCAAGAGACGCCAAACCGCGAGUUUCUCCUUCGUGUUUCAUACCUAGAGAUUUAUAAUGAGGUUGUCAAUGAUUUGCUGAAUCCAGCAGGACAGAAUUUAAGAAUUAGAGAAGACGCUCAGGGAACCUAUGUUGAAGGAAUAAAGGAAGAAGUUGUUUUAUCUCCUGCCCAUGCCCUUUCACUUAUAGCAGCUGGAGAAGAGCAUAGACAUGUGGGGUCCACAAACUUUAAUUUACUCAGCAGCCGGAGCCAUACAAUAUUUACUCUGACAAUAGAGAGUAGCCCAUGCGGUGAAAAUAAUGAAGGAGAAGCUGUGAAUUUGUCUCAAUUGAACCUCAUAGAUCUAGCAGGUUCUGAAAGUUCAAAGGCUGAAACUACUGGCAUGAGACGAAAAGAAGGAUCCUACAUUAAUAAGAGCCUGCUAACACUUGGAACUGUCAUAUCAAAGUUGACAGAUGGGAGGGCCACCCAUAUUCCGUAUAGGGACUCUAAACUGACCAGGCUUCUUCAGUCUUCAUUAAGCGGUCAUGGUCGUGUGUCACUUAUAUGCACUGUCACUCCUUCAUCAAGCAAUUGCGAAGAGACACAUAAUACUCUGAAAUUCGCUCAUCGUGCUAAACAUAUUGAAAUUCAAGCAGCACAAAAUAAGAUUAUUGAUGAGAAAUCACUUAUCAAAAAGUAUCAAAAUGAGAUACGCUCUUUAAAGGAAGAGCUAGAACAAUUGAGGAGGGGUAUUGUUACAGUUCCUCAAUUGAAAGAUAUGGUGGAAGAUGAUAUUGUCCUCCUAAAACAAAAGCUGGAAGAUGGUCAAGUCAAGCUGCAAUCUAGAUUGGAACAAGAAGAAGAAGCCAAAGCAGCUUUGCUGAGCAGAAUACAACACUUGACGAAGUUAAUUUUGGUCUCCUCCAAAGCUUCACAAUCAUCAAGGUUUCCUCACCGCCCUGGUCCAAGGAGGAGACAUUCCUUCGGAGAAGAAGAGCUUGCUUACCUACCAUACAAAAGGCGGGACUUGAUGUUGGAUGAUGAAAACAUUGACUUGUACGUUUCUCUUGAAGGGAAUAGUACUGAAACUACAGAUGAUACACUUAAGGAGGAGAAGAAAUCCAGGAAGCAUGGUUUAUUAAAUUGGUUAAAGCUGCGGCAGAAACGAGAUAGUGGCAUGGGGACAAGUACCAGUGAUAGAUCAAGUGGUGUAAAAUCUAAUAGUACACCUUCAACACCUCAAGCAGAAAACAGCAAUUAUCAUACAGAAUCCAGAUUUUCAAAUCCUUUGCUUACAGAAAGCUCUCCAUCAGCUGAUCUUCUAUCGGAUAUAAGACUGGAUACAGAAGUUCCCGAGGACAAUUUCCUUGGGCAAGAAACUCCUUCAACUAGCAUAAGAACAAGUGAUCAGAUUGAACUUCUAAGGGAGCAGCAGAAAAUUUUGUCUGGGGAGGUAGCACUGCAUUCAAGUGCUUUGAAGAGAUUGUCUGAGGAGGCCUCAAGGAAUCCCCAGAAGGAACAGAUUCAUGUAGAGAUCAAGAAGUUGAAUGAUGAAAUUAAGGUGAAGAAUGAACAAAUUGCUUCACUGGAAAAGCAAAUUGCUGAUUCUGUCAUGGCUUCACACAACAAAAUUGAUAAAUCGGAUGCAUCACUGACAAUUGCUGAACUGAUGGGGCAGUUGAAUGAGAAGUCAUUUGAACUUGAGGUUAAAGCUGCAGAUAAUCGGGUAAUUCAAGAGCAGCUUAACCAAAAGAUCUGUGAAUGUGAAGGAUUGCAGGAAACAAUUGUCUCUUUGAAGCAGCAAUUGGCUGAUGCACAAGAGAUGAGAAACCCUAGUCCUCUACCUAGUUACUCACAGAGACUUGCUCAAUUGAAAAGCCUUCAUGAACCACAUCAGGUGGAAAAGGAAAAUGCCGCCACAGAAGAUAGAAAAGAAGAUUUGCUUCGACAGGCACAGGCCAAUGAGACUGAAGAGCUGAAGCAAAAAGUUGAUGUACUGACAGAGUCAAAAGAACAGCUAGAACUACGGAACCAAAAGUUGGCGGAGGAGAGUUCAUAUGCUAAAGGGCUAGCCUCAGCUGCUGCUGUCGAGCUCAAGGCAUUAUCGGAAGAAGUUUCCAAGCUGAUGAAUCAUAAUGAGAGACUAUCUGCUGAGCUCGCAUCACUUAAGAGUUCACCCCCGCAAUGUAGAAGUAGCAGCACAGUCCGGAAUGGGCGAAGAGAGAAUCAUGUAAAACGCCAAGACCAAGUCGGGCCAACCUCUGAACUCAAGAAAGAGUUGGCAUUAUGUCGAGAUCGUGAGCUUCAGUAUGAAGCUGCUCUGAUGGAGAAAGAUCAAAGAGAAGCCGACCUUCAAAGUAAGGUCGAGGAAUCUAAACACAGAGAAGCUUAUCUUGAAAAUGAACUUGCUAACAUGUGGAUUCUUGUGGCAAAGUUGAAAAAGUCCCAUGGAGCUGAUAUUGAUAUCUCGGAGUCAACAAGAGACUCUAAUAGUUGAUGAUUUUGGACUUUGAAAUUAUUCAAAAAUGAUGGUAGUAGUGUGCAGGAAAUUGUGUUGUGCAUUAUAAGUUAGGGGUGUUUGUGCAUUUCGCUUCACUCUUUUUUCUUUCCCUCCUCUAAUUUCUUUAACCAAAUUAGCCUAUUGGCUUAUAUUCCUCAUGCUUUUUUUCAUUUUUUUUUUUCUAAUUGUUAUUAUUAUUGUUUUUCAUAUAAGUUUCCAGUUGCUGUCGAUAUUUGUAUGAACUAAUCGGCCCACUAUUGUUUUCAAGUGGGCGCCAUUGCGAAUGCUUAUUCAGAUAAUGAUUCGUAUAUAAAA